AUGGUCACCGAGCUCGCUCUACUGCAUCUCAGAAACGGCGAAGGGAUCGACGCCGCUUCCAACUCCGCUGUGCAUUCCAAGCUGCGUGAGGGCAUUGCGGCACAGAUAUCGUAUGCCAGUUAUCCGGCGUAUCUUUUCAGUCAAGUCGAGGAUGCGUCUUACAUCUAUAUCUUAGGCGGUUGGGCCUCGGUCGCUGCGCACAUGGAAGACUGGAUUCCGUCGAGAGCCAAUCAGGAAAUUCUCGGCUCCCUUGCUGAUGCGGUCGAAGCUGUUUGGCUACAGCAUAUCGACAUUUCUUCAACGGCCAGUAAAAUUCCGAUCGAUGCACCGGUAUUGGCUAUUAGCCGUUACUUCAUCCCCAGCCCCAAAAAAUCCGGAUAUGAACAGGCGUUUUCCGAGACAAAGCAUCACUUAGAAGAAUACGUUGCACCUAGAUCUCUCGAAGGAGGUUGGCGAUUGGACUGUACAGAUGAAGGAAAAGACGAGUUUGUUCUUUUCAGUGGAUGGACCACAGUCGAGGACCAUUUCAAGAUUGCUGAAUCGGACGGUUUCAAGGAAUUUGGCCGGAUCAAAGAAUUCUUGGAGGGGGCUGAAAUUAAGCAUGCCAUACGGUGGGAUAGCUUUGAUUCUAGUGUACAGUAA